UAGUACCAGGAAGCGCGAUACUCGUGUUACUGCUAGCUAAACAUGAAAGUAAACAUGAUGUCAGAUGACCCCAAAAACCAGCCAGUUGAAUUGAUAAGAGUUUUACAUGCAGUCUACGGCAGGACUGGCAGGUGAAGAAAUGCCUACUCCAGUAACAGAGGCUGCCAACCCCAUCACAGAGAAUAUUGAUGUUGCCAGCCCUUUAGAUAUAGUUUCUUUGCUUCAUAAAUGUGAUCAAGAAAUAUUCGAAGGUUGGAAUGAGUAUAAAAGUUUAUAUGAUGCAGAUGUGUUGGCAACCUUAGACAAAUUAAUCACCGUUGCAGCCUCUGUUAUCAAGAAUCCCUCAACAGGUGCUGUAGUACUUAGUGGCUGUGGAACCUCUGGCAGGAUUGGUUUUAUUACGACAAGAACUUUCAAUGCAAAGCUGUCUGAAUUGUCCAGGCUGCCAUGUUUCAAAUAUCUUAUAGCAGGGAGGGAUAAAGCCCUGUUUACCUCCCAAGAGGCCCCCGAAGAUGAUCCACAAUGUGGAGUGGAAAUGCUGAAGGAGGCAACAGCUGGGAAGAAGCAGGUGCUCUUUAUUGGAAUAACAUGUGGGUUGUCUGCCCCUUUUGUGGGAGGUCAGCUUCAGUACUGCCUAGAUAACCUAGAUGUGUUCACACCUGUAGUUUUAGGGUUCAAUCCCACUCAUCUAGCAAGAAAUAAUCCAAUAGAAAAAUGGGAUUCCACUUUUUUACAAGUGGUGAACAAAAUGGAAGAAAUGAAGGCCUCCUCUAAAGUGUUUAUUCUGAAUCCCGUUGUUGGGCCAGAGCCAAUCACUGGGUCUAGUCGAAUGAAAAGUGGGUCAGCGACUAAAAUCCUUCUGGAGACAAUUUUUGCAGGUGCUACUUUAUCUGUUCUGCCUGUGGAAAGGCCUUGGCAGACAGAACCUUUCCUUCGGUGCUAUCAAGCUGUAUGUGAUCAUAUUUAUACAAAAGAAAACAUAAGGAAUAUUGCUCAGAUAGUAGAACUGGCAGGAAAUAGUUUGAGGUCUAAUGGCAGCAUAUACUACGUUGGUGAGGACACACUAGGCAUCAUGGGAAUGAUAGAUGCCUCUGAAUGUCCUCCAACUUAUGGAUCUUCUCUUUCUGAUGUGAGAGGAUUUUUGGACCAAGGUUACAAAGCUUUCAGGAACAAUGAUGGAGACCUCAGCUUAUUGGGUAAACACUUCCAGAUAUCAUUUAAUGAUAUGAAGAAGGACAUCCUACCUUUUGUAAAGCCUUCUGAUCUAGUCAUUUACUUAUCUCAGGAUGGUAAAAUUGAUGAAACUGUGACAAAAUGCCACUGCAAGAAAGCCCUUAUUUCUUUUGCCAGUAAUUCCCCUACAAGAGAUAUGAUGGAUGUUGAAGUUGGUAUAUCAUUGCCAAAAGAUAAGUUAGUCUCCCUGAUUGGGGAGGAAGCCGUAGACCAUUUCCUGAUGUUGUUUGAGGAGAUCAGCUUAAAGUGGAUUUGCAACGCCAUCACAACAGGUGCUCAUGUCCUCAAGGGGAAAGUCUUCCAAAACAUUAUGGUGGACCUCAAAGUCAGCAAUAACAAGCUUUUCCACAGAGCUAUUGGCAUCAUACAGAGGUUCUCAGGGUUGUCCACAGAACAGAGUAGGGAUUACCUGCUUCAGUCUAUUUAUAACACAGAUAGCCUCACAGAAAAUGUCAGAAGUUAUAACAUAUCUAGUCAUAUAGAAACCGCUACACCUCUAUCUCAGGUUGUACCUCGAGCUCUGCUGUCAGCCAUUCUACACUGCAGUGUGUCAGAAUCCCAUAAACUGUUAGAAAAAGAACCAGUGAUACAAAGGGUUAUAUCUCAAACACUGUCUGGACUACAGAAUAACAAAUAAAACCAAAAGUUACCUCUCAAAACUGUCUGCACUAUGUAAUAUCAAUAUUAAUAUCAAGUUUUGUGAUUUCUCCAACAGUAACUGGAUUACAAAACAACAAAUUGUAAUAUGUAAUACAUAAGAAGAUUUUAUUUCAAAAUCUGUCAGGGCCAGAAAAAUAGCAAAAAGAAUGGGUCUGAAACUCUGGAUUUCAGAAUUUUGACAUAUCUGCUUCAGUAAUGAUUGUUGGAUAAUCAGCUCAAAUGAACUAGAACCCAGUGCAACUUACAGUUUACAUUAUAUUUAUGAAAUUCUCUUUUUUGCACAUUUUUAAAAUGUAUGCUUGCUUAUAACAUUUUUGAAUUAUUCAGGAAUUGUACACCAUUUCAGUUGGUUUUAUGGUAUAAUGUACAUGUGUGAAUAGUGACUAUGAAUAGUCUUCUUGGUUACCAUUUUCAUUGUAAACUAGACUGUGGUCCUUAUUUUUGGAGUGCUAUCCUCCAUUUUGGGUACAGGUUCUUUGGUAUGAGAUCUAGGGCAUUAGAACACAUUGAUUAAUUCAGGUAACUAUAAAUUAUCCAGCCAUAACCAAUCACUGCUCUCAUAGUCAUUGAUUUUAUGAAAUUUUAUGUUUUUUAAUUAAUAAAAUUCUUGCCAAUUGAU